AUGGCAGAGGUACAGCAGCAAAAGAAACACACCUUCCGCAACUUCACCUACUGCGGCGUGGACCUGGACCAGCCACUGGACACGUCCUCCGAGCAGCUGAUGCAGCUGUACAGUGCGCGCCGGCGGCUGAACCGGGGCCUGUGGCGGAAGCAGCACUCGCUGCUGAAGCGCCUGCGCAAGGCCAAGAAGGAGGCGCCGCCCACGGAGAAGCCGGAAGUGGUGAAGACGCACCUGCGGGACAUGCUUAUCCUGCCCGCGACGGUGGGCAGCACGGUGGGCGUCUACAACGGCAAGACCUUCAACCAGGAGGAGAUGGCCGGGCUCGGCUAG